AUGGCACCAUCGAUGACUCCCUCCGCAGUUUCUCAUAGCACCCCUUCCCGUCCAUUCGCGAGUAAUCUCAGCGAACAGUUGUCUCAGCGGUCUGAGUUGGAACGCUCCGAGUUGGGUGAAUCAGGCACCCAGACCGACUCUGCAGGAGACAAACCAGGUUUUCUCGUGCGCCCGUCACCAAAAACACGGUCCCUAUCCGAUGCCUCCAAACCUUCUACUUCUCUUUCCCCCAUCGGUGGUAAAGAGCGUCCCUCCAGCAAAGAUGACUCUGCCUUACCAUCCGCCCCCCAAACGCCACGCCGAACCCCCGCAAAUGGCCCUCCCAUAAACCUACAAUCUCUACCACCGACGGUUUCUACGCCCGCAUCUUCUUCUAGUCGUACCCCUCUCUCGCCGAAGCUUGAUCCGUCUCACAUAUACAGCGGCUCCCCAGGCUCGGUUCUACCUCGCCGCUCCCGCGGGCUCGACUUCUCUCGAGCGUGCACAAACCUCCAUCACUCGAUUUUGGCAGAGUCUUCACCAGAUUCAUCGCCAACGGUGGGUGGCAGAGGGGUGGCUAUCCCGCAACGCCGUGGAUCGCACGGUUCUACCUCAGUUCAUCCGUUCUCGACGUCCAACCCCGCCGAUCGAAAUACAAUCUCGAGUUCCAUGUCAAGCGUUAAUAUGAUGGAAUCGGAUACUAGCAGCAGUGAGGAGGAUGAUGAACCGAUGCUUGGGGAUCGAGAUGAUAUUGUAAUGAACACUCCUCAAGCAAAGAAGUUGGCCCCAGGAUUCAACGCAUUUGGCGGCGGAAAUGUACCCAGUCCCGGGACAGACUGGAUGGGCAACUACUCACAGGCAGCAGCAAGCUUAUUGAGCUUCCAGCGGGCUCGCUUUCGCAAAGGACGCAGCAGACACAGCUCCAGCAGUGCGAGCGGGAACAGUUCCAAGCAAAGCCCGGCCCCUUUGUCUCCACCGGUUGUGAAAAGCAUAGAGAACGGCAACGGAUACUUUGGCCAUAGGAAUGGCGGCCCUUCUCGUCGGGAAAGCCUGAGCAUGGGAACGCGUGAUCUGCGGCUAUCGGAUAUGAGUGACGAUGGUGAGAACCGGGGCCCUCGUGGUCAUAGUCCAACCGGCGCAAAAACUGAGGGCAGCGGCCCUCUAGGGGUUAUAAGGCGUGCCGUUACUAGGCGGGGGAGCUUGUUGCCGAAAACAAAAACAUUCGCACGUAUCCGAGCGGCUCUAAUGGAAGAAUCAGCGCCCCUUGACAGUGAUGCCAAGCGGGAGGCUGAAGUAGUCCGCCAAGUGCGCGAAACUGAACCGGAUAUGCCCCAAACCUCGCCAGUACUGUCGGCAUUUUCGUCGCCAAAUGCAUUCGUGCCACCUGGUUUAGGGGAGCAUGAUGAAGUAGCAGAAAGGCCUGCUACAUCUCUACCUGAAGAGCCCAGCUUCAGCGAUCAGGCUAAUCGAAAUUCUGGUGGCCCCGAGUUCUGGAAUUCUUUCGAUGAACGUUAUCGUACUCCGCCACCACCUCCACGCCCACACGCUGCCUCCUCGGUGUCGGAGGAGGAUAUAACGAUGGACAUGACACCAUCAAAUACCGCGGAGUUUGUUAAGCCUGGUGAAAGACCUGCGUCGCGUGCUUCAACUCCGCUCCCUAGCCAGUCAGGUGUGGUUUCAGAGCUACGCAGAAAGCGACGAAGAGAGGACGAUUUCGACCCUAAUUUGUUCAAACGGAGAGCCGUGUCUCCCAGCAUGAGUGCGCAGAGUAGUCCAGUCAUGCCCAAUUCCCCGGCACUGACAGACCAGGGGCCUAAUAUAUGGGGUCCGCCAAAGUCAAACAUCGGCCCGCUUUUCAACGACCGACCAGAGACUGCUCCUCGGAAUAUACCCACCACCCCCCAUUCUGGGACCUUGAAGAGGGUGGGCAUGCAUGGCAUGAAUGAGGCGAGCGAUGGCUUCAUGAAUAUGAGCAUUGAAUAA